GAGUACACGGCAUCACUGACCAAGUAUCGGUCCAUCCGCAUCUCCAAACGCACGCGAAUUCGCCCAAGAGGCCGCGAACGGUUCGAAGUCGUCCGAAGGAGCGAAAAGAUGCGAUGGGCUCGAGCCCCAUGUCAAUCGUUGCGUUUAUUACAUAAAAUACAAAUAAUCCCAACAAUGUUUAAUGCUGUCAUAACUUCGUUAAUAACAAGUUAAACAAUGGUGGUUUACUGCAUAUCAAAUAAAGCUGUAUAUUGCCGUCGUUCGUUGAAAUUUUAGAUAGUGACAUUUUGAAGCUGGGCGUGGAAGACAGCGUUUCCGAUUUUGUUGAAAAAUUUUACUUUUCAAUCGCAAUGAUUCGUCGGCUGUGUGAUGUCAUUUAGGAUUGUGAAGUGAUGUUCAGUGAUGAUUUGUGAAGGUGAUAAGCAAAUGAAUUGGCUGAGGACUCAGCAUGCGCCCUAGUGCUUUUCCUCGGAAAAUCUUCGCACUUUUUGUGCAUGUGGUCCUUUCCGCACAGUUUAUCAGGGUUUAUGGUGUCAUCACUCUCGGCUCCGAAGUCUUCUGCAGCCGCAUCCCCGGCCUCACCAGCCGCCAGAGGGAGAUGUGCCGCUCCUCGCCGGACGCCAUGGUGGCGGUGGGCGACGGCAUACGCCUUGCCACCGCCGAGUGCAAGUACCAGUUCAGGCACCAGCGCUGGAACUGCACGGGCAUCGACAACCCCACGUCCUUCGGACACGUCGUCAUCGUAGGCUCGAGAGAAGCUGCCUUCACAUACGCGAUUUCCAGUGCCGGAGUGGCCUACGCCGUCACCUCGGCGUGCGCCCGCGGCAACAUAUCGGCCUGUGGCUGUGCCCCAGGUCCCAAGCUGCGGGAGCCAGCCCCGUCUGGAUGGAAGUGGGGCGGCUGUAGCGUCGACAUUAACUUCGGAAUGAGGUUUGCGCGAAAAUUUAUGGACGCCCGAGAGCUCGAAGGUGAUGAAAGAAGUGUGAUGAAUCUCCACAACAACAAAGCUGGAAGAAAGGCUGUAAAAAUGAGUCUUUUGACUGAGUGCAAAUGCCACGGCGUUUCUGGGAGCUGCACAAUGAAGACUUGUUGGAAAACUCUUCCAGGAUUUAGACAAGUAGGCGAUAAUUUAAUGAAGAAGUAUUACCGAGCGCGGCCGGUAACAUCCGUCCCCUCGUCGCCCGGCCCCCGAGGGAUCGACUCGUUCCGGAGGCCGAGGAAGGUGCACCUAGUUUUAAAAAAGGGCAAGAUAGCUAUUAAGAAGAUGCCAAAAAAAUCCGAUUUAGUGUUCCUGCAGACGUCGCCCAAUUACUGCGAGCGCGAUCUCGCUGCAGGAUCAUUAGGGACGGUCGGGAGAUCCUGCAACAGGACUUCCCGAGGAAAUGACGGUUGCGAUUUAAUGUGCUGCGGCAGAGGAUACAACACGCAUCAGUACACCAGGACGUGGCAAUGUAGAUGCAAGUUUCAUUGGUGUUGCUACGUCGAUUGUGACACCUGCAGCGAAAGAACUGAGGAAUAUACCUGCAAAUAACACAAAUACUCGCGUUUUUUACGAAAGUAGCUCUUUGGUAGGACUUUUUACAGUAACAUUCGUACUUCGACGUUCACAAGUUACCAUAAUUAUUAAAUGUUGUUUCUGUUUCUCAUGUAUAUAACACUCUUCAAAUACUGAUCUUGUACAGGUGUUAAUGUCGAUUUAGGUGUAAGAAUCGUAGCCAUUUUGACAAUCUAAUUGUUAACUAGAGAACUCCAUUUGACAAACUAAUUUAAUUCUAGACUAGGGAUUAGACGUAUGUAGUAGCUGGUAAAUUAUUUAUUAUUUAAAAUCCACUCUUGUACCGUGCUUUGUAAAACCGCAAAUACAUUUUUACACAUUUUU